AUGGCGGUGAGUCUACGAAAUGGUAGAGACCUAGAUAUGGAGCAAGAAAUGGAUCGUGAAAAUCGACCUUCUAAAACAUUUUUGCUAGUACCUUCUGAGAUAGAUGAAUCAACGGAGUUAACUGAAGUGACAGUACAGCAUGCACAAGAGAACGCCAGCAAAGAAAAAGAGGUUGCGAAAGACACUGAGGUAAAGAUUCUAUUGAUUGACACCUUAAAGGAAAUGUCUGGUUAUGCAAAAAUGAUGAAGGACUUGAUGUCUCGCAACAAUGCAUUUGCUAAGGCACUGUGUGAUUUGGGGGCAAGCAUAAACCUGAUGCCCCUGGCUAUCUACAAAAGGUUAGGCAUUGGAAGAGCUAAACCCACGUCCAUGUUACUACAGCUGGCUGACCAAACAGUGAAGAGGCCCUCUGGUAUUCCUGAUGAUGUAUUAGUACAGGUUGGGAGGUUUGUGUUCCCAGUAGAUUUUGUCAUUCUUGACUAUCGGGUUGAUGAGGAAAUUCCCAUAAUUUUGGAAAGACCAUUUUUGGCCACUAGGAGAGCUUUAAUUGAUUGUGAAAUGGGAGCGCUCAAAAUAAGAUUAAAUGAUGAAGAAAUAGCAUUCAACAUGUAG